AUGGAGGCCAAGCUGGGUGGCGACGCCAAAUUGCGUGAGCUCCUCUCCAAGUCCUUCUUCCUAAUUGGCACCGGUGGGCAGGACCUCGAUCCAAGAUGGAACGUCGUGUCCGGAUACCCACGGUCACAGACCGAGCUCCAGGAGCUCAUCACUCUUUACGGGGAAGCCAUCUCGUCCCUUUAUGACAUGGGUGCCAGGAAGAUGGCCAUCGUCAAUGUUGGACUCAUCGGCUGCAAGCCGCAACCCUACAACUACAACUAUGUCUGCGACCAGAGCCUGAACGAAAACGCCACCGCGUUUGACGCCGCCCUCAAGACCCUCAUGGCCAGCCUCUCAUCCAAGAAAUCGGGGCUCUCCUACUCCAUCGGCGACUUCUACGGCUUCACCACGGCCGUCUUCGCCCACCCAGCAGAUUAG